UUAAGAAUAUUAAUUUAUAUAUAUAAUUCAAGCAAUAUAAACAAUUAUUAACUUAUGAACGAAUAGCUUAAGAGAUCAGCUUCUUAGGUAAAUUAAAGUAGCACUAGAGGUAAUUAGACUCUUUUAAUAAAGCCUCCUACAAGCCCGUUUAUAGAUAACGUUAAAAAGGAGCGCUUAUAUUCUCCUCCUAUAUAGCAUAGGAGAGCUAUUUAGCCAUCAUCUUCAAGUGCUAUUUCUUCAUCAUUCACAUCUUUAUCGUCACUAAAUGUAUAAGAAUCUAUUCAUACAUUACUUCCUAAGCCUCCUCUUUCUGUGACAAACAGGCAGAGUCCAAGUUUAUUGUAAGCUAAUCCGACAUUAGUUUCAGCUGACUUUUCAAGAGGCAACAUAGUUUAAUAAAUCCAUUAAAAGCUAAUUCAAUAGAGAAGCUUACCUAUUUAGGAGAGGGGAGCUAACAUAAGUUAUAAUGGCACAGCUAACCAUGAGUAGUAAGGAAAUUUAAAGUUAGUAAACAAUAUCAGAAAUUCUUCUCCUAUGCUAGCGAGAAGGAAUAUAAAUUUAUCAAAUAGCAUGAACAAUAACAAUAGUGGUAAUAAAUUAAGUAAUAGCGCAAGUCAUAAUAAUAGUAUUGAUGUAGUUGUCAACAAUCCUCAAGAAAAUAUGCAGCAAGAUAUUGUUCUUUCAAAUGAAAAAGAAUAUUUAAAAAGUUAGCUUCGAUAGAUAAAUGAAAAAUAAAUAUUUUUGACUACUUCACCUUUACCUGUUUAGCAAUCCUCUUAGGGAAAUUACGUAGUUAGUCCACCUCAAUCUAUUAGAAUCACUACGAAAUCAGAUGUUUAAUAAUUUAAUUCACCCAUAUCUCCUUAAUAUAACGGAAUAUAAUAAACAACUCUCAUGACUUCACCAACAUAAACUGUGUACUCUCCAUUAUAAGUAUAGAAUUCAUAAAUAAGUUCUUAGAAAUUUAUUCCUUCAGCUUAUCAGUAAACUGCUACGUUUGUGAAACAAAAUAUUACAAAUAGAACUAUUCAAGAGAAUUAAAUAAACUAAGGUUCUUAAGUAGUAAAAAAGCAAACUGCAAAUCUCUCAGAAUCAGCUUUAAAGCUUCUUGAUACAUACCAAAAAUAAAAAGAUAUAUUGUUUGAGAAUAAUUUAAACCAAUAACCAGCACAAAUAAGCAAUAACACUAGUAAAUAUUAAAAUGAUGUUAUUGGCGGAAACUCAAUUUCUUAGUCAAUUAAAAGUAUUUCCUAAACCAAUUACAGGCCAGCUUUAUCUACUCCUAAUAUUAUUUAUCCAUAAUAGUAAACAAAAAUAUAAUAUCCUUCUAUCCCUAAUCAGUAAAAUAUUAGUAGACCUGUUACUUCUUUAGUUGAAACCUAGCUUAAUAUAUAGAAACCAGAAAAUAUGCAGCCGCCUCUUGAAAAAUAGAGAAGCUGCUCAUAAAAAAAUGGUUUAAAUUAACAAACAAAUAGUUAAGUUAAUGCAAUUAAUUACUCUUCAAUAACUUCUCAAUUAGCUCCGGGGAGCUGUGCCUUAACAAAAAUUAUUUCAAGGCCUGUGACAACCAAAGAAGAAAAAGAUUUAAUUGAAGAAUACAAACUCAAAAAUAAUCAAAGAAGAAACUCAUUUUCCUCCUCUGGUAAAUCUAAUACUAAUUAGCUCCCCACAGUUUAAGAAGCUGCACUUGAGCAGUCUAUGAGAUUAUCUAGUCUUCUUGUAAAUACAUCCGUUUUUAAUUAAGCAAAAAAUAGUGCAAGUUAAUCAAGAGAAAAUUCAGUUGAGUCAAAUUCCUUUCAAUAAAAUGAUGUAUUAGCAUAAAAUAAAUAAACUUUUUAGGAUAAUACAAGAAAAGUAUCUCCUUAAUCAAAUAGUGAGUCUUAUUAGCAUUAAUAAUCGUCAUGGGGUAACAGCUUAAAUGGUUUCAGAGAAUUUGGAAAUCAAAAUUAAAUUAUGGUUUAUGAAGAUUUCGAUGCAGAGAAGGAAAGCAUUGCUUUAAAUGAAGAUUUAGCAGUAUAAACUGAUUUUUGUUAAGAAUAGUAUGAAGUUACCAAAGAAAUAAUUAAAACAUGCAGAGAUGAAGAAUAAAGAGAAGUAAUCAAAUCAGCAUAGACUAACUAUGUAGAAGAGAGUGAUCACAAUAAUUAAUUAAGCAAUAAUAUUGAUCAGACAAAAUAAUUAGAGUAAGAGAUUCCAACAAAAGAUGAAAUAAUUGAAGAGGACAUCAAUUAAUUUAAAAAAGAUUAUUAAAAUUAGAAAAAAGAAAGCAAAUACAAAGAUGCUCAAACUAGUCCAAUUAGAACAAUCAAAGCCAAAUACUCCUCUCAAGAACUAAACAGCUUAAUAACUGAUACAAAUCUGUUUGAAUCUAAAACUUUAGUUGAAUCAUAGUUUGUAAUCACAGAAAGUAGUACAGUUUAAAAUACUUAGUAAAAUAUAAGUGAUAGCAAUAAAAACGGAGUUAAGUUAAAUACCCGCCAUUCUGAUAGAAUAGCCCCCAGAAACAAAGAUUUAAAAUAAGAAAUAGUGGAUGAAGAUUACAUGAAAAUCAGAAAAAAAGAAAUAUAUCAAUAAAUAAAAGAGAAAAAACUUAACAAAAAAAGUAAUAGCGGAACUACAAAGACUCCUAGAGGUAAUAGCAAUGCUAGAUAGUAGAAGCCCUCAACACCAAACAAUAAAUAAACUGCUAACUUACAAAUUACAGAAAAAAUUAUUGCAUAAAAUUAAUCACCAUAAACAAAAAGGGAAUCAAGAAUUUCUUUAGACAGUCUAAAUUUGAAUAUGAAUAAUAAUAAUACUUAACAAAAUUAAUUGAAAUAAAGCAAAAAUUCAUUUGAUGUCAGUGUUUCAGAUUCACAAACACAAAGUAUUACUUCAGUUUAAUAAUUAGCUCUUUAGAAAAGAGAUGAAAUUCUUGAUAAAAUAAAGCACAUUGACGAAUAAAUAAUUAAACAUUAAAAAAUUCAAAACAUGUAAAAAGAUGAUGAUAUUUCGCAACUCAAAUAAUAGAACAAAAUGAUUAUCGCAAACAGCAAUUUAGAUAGCAAUAUUAAUAAUGCUUAAUCUAAUAUAUAAAAUAGGAGUAGCCACAUCUCAUAAAGGUCUAAUGUUGAUGACACACCCAUUAAAAAAAUUUAGCAAAAUAGCUUUCAGUUAUAACCAUCAUCAGAUAAUAAUAUUUAAUUACCGAUAUCUUAAUAGCCUAUUAUAAAUAAAAAUGAGAAAUAACAAAUCAAGAGAUCAGAAUCUAAUACUUCAAUAAGGAGAUAGGGAUCUAAUAAAAAAAUAGAGGGAUUUGUUAUACAAAGUAAUGAGGUUUCUCUAUAAUAAUGCAAUAUGUCUAAUCCUAAUACAAGUGUUAGUACUACAGCUUAGGUAACUGCAAAAAAUACACAAUCUCAGAACUACUUGAAUAUUGGAACUAAUAAAUUUUUGAAUCAUUUCAAAGACUCUUUUGUUAAUAAAAAUUCAAAAAUAUCUGAUUUCUCAAAUGAUAUUACUUAAGCCUAGAAAUAAUUAAUGAAUAAGGGAUAUAACAAAAAUUAUAAAUAAUACACAAGUGCUGUCAGCUAGCCAACAAGUAGCCGUUCAACAAAUAACAUAAAAAAGAAAGAUUUGAAGAUAUCAAAUUUUUUGGAUAAAAGUUAAGAGAGCAGAUAAACUUGCUAAAGCAGUACAACUGCAAAUAAAAAUAAGCACUUGAAAUACGAUUUUUUGUAGAAAAAACAAGAGGGAGAGUCAAUAAUUGAUCUUUCAAAGUCAAAAAAUAGUCUCAACUUCAACAAUACUAAAGAAAAUUUAGUAAAUGAACCUUUAGGUGUUAUCAAUCUUUUUGAAAUUAAAAAUAAAAAAAGAGAUAGUAGUAUUCUAAAUAAACAUUAAUAAAGAGAUGAUGUUAUUUAUAGUUAAUCCCCAACAUAAAAUCACUAUUUUAGAGUAGCAGAUAAAUUGAAAGAAUAUGAAACCAAAGAAUUUACAUUAGAUAGUAAAAAAUAUAAUACAUAAUCAAGAAAUAGAGAUUAAUAGAGCAAUACAAAAGGAAUAAGCAUGGCAGAUUAUUCUGCAACUGACUAUGAAAGUAAAUAGAGUGCUAAAUUUAAUUCUGUACUUCAAGACAUGAGUAACUUUCAUUCUGAUUCUAAAAACAUCGGGUUUACGUUGAUACCUCCAACAUAAGAAUUGGAUUUAGAAGCAGAGCACAACAAAAGAUUAAUGAAAUAAAAUAAAAUAUAAGAGUACAACAACAAUCCCUAUCUUCUCAAAAAAGAAGAAGAAGUAAGCUUUUAGGAAGGAAAAUAGAAUGUUUAAAUAAAAGGAAAUAAAUACCAAUUUAGCUUUGAGAAUAAUUUUGACCAAGAAGACAAAAUUCCAAGCUGCUCAUUUGCAUCGAAAAAUUAUGAAGGUAAUGGAUUUGCUUAUGAUUUUUCUCCAAUACCAGCUAAAAACAAAGUAGACGAUAAUCUCAGCGAAAUUUCUCAUAACUACCUCCAAGAACAAUAAGAAUAGCUUACCUAGAUGCAAGCAAAAUAAUUUAACCGACUUGAGAAAUUAGAGGAAAAGCUUGCAAAAAAGAAAUAGUAGUAGAACUAUUGA